GUUUUGGCUUCCGCCUUCCGGUCGGUGUUUCAAGCACCCCGCGCGGCACAACACCCAUAACCAUCUGCAUAGAUACUACAUCUGCGCUCAGGUCACUGCGACUGUCCCCUGCGCUGGUCAUUUUUUCUGAGUGUCUCUGAAGCGUAGAAGACAAUACAAUGGCGUCGCUGUUGCAAAAAUCAACUGUCCUCGCUAGCGCAUUCACGCAACCGAGUGGUUCUUCAACACGCGCAAGGAUGAUCGCAAUUUCGCCCUGCAGUUCUUCAGCUGGCGCCUGUCCUCUAGGCUCAUCGCGGCUUAAUACGGCAUCGAUGCGCCUACCGGCGUCAAAGUAUCAUAUUGUGCGUCAGCACCGCAGCCCCUGGCCAUCGACAACCACGAACCACGUCCGUGUCAGUGACGUGCGCACCCAAUUCUUCUGGGGUUCCACCGCAGCCCCCGAGUCCGAUUCCAUCACCACCUCCGAAGCUUCAGCUAGCUCGCCAGAUGGUGCGGCAGGCGACAACGAGAAUGACUAUCCUACCUGCCCGACCAUCCCAAACCGCGGAGGUGCAGGACAAGACCAUGACGCUGCUCAAUGUCAUCAGCAGUCUGGCGCGCGCGUCCUCGGCUUGGGAGCUGUACGACACCAACCGGGACGGCGUGCUGAGCCUGGAGGAGACAGAGGCGCUGAUUAACAGCGCCGAGAUCUCCCAGGCCAUAGAGCUGCUCACGAACACCAGCUGCACGUACUACACGGCUGCGGACCUGGACCCCUACUUCAGGCGGGCCGACACGGACAACAGCGGUACCCUCACGCGCACCGAGUUCCUGGCGCUGUAUCUUGCAGUGGCCACGGAGCGCGUGAAGAAGAACCCGCUGCUGCUGGCUGAGGCGCUGUUGGGUUUCAUUGACACGGACAAGAACGGCGUGCUGGAGGGCGGCGAGAUCAAAGUGCUGCUCACCAUCCUGGGCUUCCCUGCAAUCCUGCUGCUGCCCAUCCCCGACUUCAUCAAACUAGAGUACAAGGCGAUUCUGCGGACGAUCGGCAGCAUGCUAGAGAAGCGGCCCUAAAGUGAAGUAACGGGCCUCUGGGGAAGAUGAAGAAAGGUCGUACAGUUCAUGCGAUGAUAAGUAUCUCGAUAGCCUAGGAAAGAGAUAAGCCGCGAAGAUGCCAGGCGCCAUGCCAACUGGCACACGCUCAGCAGUUGUGGCUCAUGUUGCCGCUUGUGGGGGGCGGGAGGAGCGGCGCGUCAGCCGCUCGAUUGAUACGACACAAGGUGCACGCAGUGGUGGUGUCAGGGCGCAGGGGUCGCCCAUAGCACAGGAGUGAUGACAGCAUGCAGAGUGCCGCUGCUGCUACACGAGGUAAUGCCAAUGCCCUCGCAGGCGCACUGAUUAAUACUUAACUGCGGCGCAUAGGAGCGUGUAUGCACGGUUGAAAGGUGCAAAUAUGUGGUGAGUGAAAGUGAGCGGAAAUCUACGAGUCCAGGGGAAGACGUGUUCGUACGGCACACGUUCAUGCGUUACUAUGGGGUUCACGUUGGUGUGUUGGUGUGGUAAUCAUGUUGCUGGUGGCCGUGAUGAGAAGCGCACGGUACUGUGCGUGUCAGAUGCCGCCUGGUACUGUGGAGCUGUGCACUAAGCCACAGGGUUUCCAAAGAACCCCUGCUGAGCCAUUGAGCGGUACCAUACUAAUACAUGCAUUACAUAUUAACGCAUUCAUCCGCUGCAACGGUUUCGUCGUGCGGCAUGAACUUUUGUGAGGUGUACUUGGCGGUGACGAGUAGGCAGCAGGCAAUGCCUUGCGUCACGAGGUGACCGUCCGAACGGCGUUUUGGCAUUGAGAGAGAUGAGGAGAGAGUACUCCACGCACGCUCUAAGUAAGCGACAGUUGCGGCCUUUCCUCCGCUACGCCUGGCAUUUACUGGGGUUUGGCAACAGCUAGUGAGUGUGAUGGAAUGAGCGGGUUCAGGACUUGAGGCAGAUGUUCUGUGCGGACUGUGCAGGUCGGAGACAUGAGGGAUACGUGGGUAGACCGAAGAACGAAGCAGGUAGACGUGAGCGCAACAUGCAGGGAACGGUUUUGAUGUGUGUGUUCCCGCUCGUUUUUGCAUGGCGGGCCGGAGAGGAUUGCCGGGGGCCGGGGGCGGGGCGGGCAGUGGACUUUUCCAUCGCGUUCGGUGCAAGUCAGACAUUUUC